AUGUCCGCAGCGAAAGCGCACUAUCAAGCUCUACUAGCUUCCGACUGCUGCAUACCUCUGUGCCUCCUCCCGCUCAAUAUUGUCCACCGCAUCAUCUGGUACUUUUGCGCUAGCUCUCGCUUCAUAGAACCCGAUAAACCCCUGCCCCAUCCUCACAAGCUCCCGCCCCUUGUCGCUUCUACUGUCUGCAAGACCUGGCUCCAUAUCGUUAACGAUGACCCAUCCAUGUGGACGCACCUUAUCAUCCGCUAUCGUACCCCCAGCACACUCAUCUCCAACUGUCUUGUCGUCGUCAUGACUGCCUGGCUCCAGCGCGCUCGCCUUCUUCCCGUCUCUCUUCACUUGUCGAUUGAGGCAAGAAUUGAGACUGAUUCCUGGAAGCUAAUCAAGGCUGCCGUUGAAGAGCACGCGGAGCGCUGGAGCGCGGUCACUGUGUCAGCAAACAGCUUCUAUGGUGGCGACUACAUUGGUCGGCUCGCGUUUCCCCGCGCCAAGCGCCUCGAGAUCGAUCUAGGGCCUUUUCCGAGCGAAACUCUGCGUCCCAAUGAGGCGCGGAAAAUAAACGCGUUCCCCAGCGUAGAGGCCCUCGACAUCAUCUCUCUUCACCGAGUCUACGAUCUUCGUCAUCAGUACCUUAUGCAAAACCUCACCAGCUUGUCUAUUCUGUACCACCAAGGUACUCGCGGUUACCAGCCGGACCUUGCCUCUGAUUGGGCUUACGCUCGUGUCCUCUGUGGUUGCCCCAGACUUGUGGAGGCUUCCUUCGGCCUUGGAAAGAAGGGAACCAGGUCGGGCGUUCUAGUGGCCGAGGUCGUUGAGCUUGAGCAUUUACGCACGCUACGCCUCCGUCUUCUCUCUCCUCAGUCCGUCAUCGGGGCGUUUCUGGAACAUCUAUCUUGCCCUGCCCUCGAUACUGUGGAGUUUGACAGCGUCAGACGCCUCGGCAACUACCGGAAUGUAGACUACAGGGAAGAACGACUCGCAAAGUUCAUUACCCGAUCCAAUUGUCAACUCUCCUCGCUUACCAUUCGCGACGUCGACUUCUGGCAGGAGGAGCUGAUGCGCAUUCUUGGCAGGUCCAAGACGCUACGUCACUUUACCUUCCUUCCCAUCUCCGCGGAAUGUUAUUGGACCCUUUUCUAUAAACUCGUCAGGUGGACCGUCGGUUUUGACACGUUGUGUCCAUCUCUCGAAUCUCUUUGGGUGAGCUCCUCGCUAGUGUACGCGCUGCAGACGAGGGUGCAGAUUGCCCAAGUCCUGCGGUCGCGCUGCCGUUGCGCCCCUGCGUCCCAGCAUUUACAGGCACUCAAGCAGGUCGUGGUGAUUCACAACUAUGACCUCGCCGUAGAGGUGGCGGAACUCAAGACUUAUCUUAGCUUGAACGAGCACCGAGUCCUCGGUUUACAUCGACGUGCGGACAGUCGGCGGUCGCGCUAA